AUGUCAUCAUACGACCCUUCCACUCCAACCUCCCUCGUAAGGACAAUCUGCAUCCAAUCUCCAGAGUUGAGUUUGAAGGCGGUCAGAAAUGUUAACGGUUGGACGCAGGAGUGCGGCAGCCUCAUGCACAGUUACCAAUACCCCAGCCGUCACCUAGCUCCACCACUUACAAGUCUUACUGGCGCUCUUUUUCGGUUACCUGAAGCUUGCCUCUCACCAUCACACCCUACUCCACUGCAGAGGCAGAGGCAGAUAUCAGUUGCCUGGAAAACUGGUCCCUAUUACUGUGUCCCCCGUGGACGAUACAUCGGUGUAUUCAAUACUUGGGCUGAGGUAACGGAAAGUAUCAAAUGCUUCGCUGACGUGGCAUAUGUCGUUACUUCCCUUGCCGUUGGAGAAGUGCUGAUUCGUACUGCAAUCAGGAGGGGUGAAGUACACAAGUGUCGAGUAUGA